CCCCAGUCACGUGACAGCAAGCGCCUGACUAGGGGCACUUUCGGUUGGGAUGGCGCGGACGGAGUUCCGGGGCGCAGCGAGAGCGGUGGGCAGCGGUCGGUCCGAGGGGGGCGGCCGGAGGGGGCGGCCGGUCGUCCUCGCCUGUCUGGAUCCCCCUCCGCCGCCCCGUCCCGCCCCGUCCAGACGCCGCCACUUGCCGCCGUUGCUGCUGCUGCUGUUUCUCUCGCCAGCCUUCCUCCGCUCCAGCGCCGCCGCCGCCCUGGCUCCGGAGCCGGACCAGCCCUUCCGGAUCCCCGAAGGGUGGUCCUCCCUGGGCCGCGCGGCCCCCUCAGAGCGGCUGAGCCUGACUUUUGCGCUUCGGCAACGGAACGUGGAGCGGCUGAGCGAGCUGGUGCGCCGCGUCUCCUCACCCGACUCGCCCGACUACGGGCACUUCCUCUCGCUGGCCGAGGUGGGCGCCUUGGUCUCCCCCUCUCCUCAGACGCUGGGCAGCGUGGACACGUGGCUGGCGACUCACGGGGUCCGGGACUGCCAGAGAGUCCGCACCCUGGACUUUCUGCAGUGCUCGAUGCCAGCCAGCACAGCUGAGCGCCUUCUCCCGGGAGCGCAGUUCCACCGUUACGCGAAAGACGCUCGCAGGAUCAUAAGGUCCCCUCUGCCUUAUCAGCUUGAUCGGGAGCUAGUGGACCACGUGGAUUUUGUGGGGGGGCUGCACCGUUUCCCAGCCGAGCAGAAGGUGGUGAGCCGGGCCUGGGCCAUGGAGAAGUCGCCAGUGGGAGGACAGGACGGGCGGUCCAGUUUCCACCUGGGCGUGACCCCGGCUGUGCUCCGCCAGCGAUACAACCUGACCCGGGCGGAUGUGGGCAACUUCUCGCACAACAGCCAGGCCUGUGCCCAGUUCCUAGAGCAGUACUUCCACCAGGCCGACCUGGCUGAAUUCAUGCAGCUGUUUGGCAGGACGUUCCCCCACCACUCCCAGGUCGACCACGUCAUUGGCCACCAGGGCUCUGGCUCAGCCGGCCUGGAGGCCAGUCUGGACGUGGAGUAUCUCAUGAGCACAGGAGCCAACAUCUCCACUUGGGUCUUCAGCAAUGCAGGUCGCCACGAGAGCCAGGAACCCUUCCUGCAGUGGCUGCUCCUGCUCAGCAACACCAGUGGGCUGCCGUGGGUCCACUCGGUCAGCUAUGGGGACGAUGAGGACAGCCUCUCUCAGGCCUACAUGAAGCGGGUAAACACAGAGUUCAUGAAGGCAGCCGCCCGCGGUAUCAGCAUCCUGUUUGCCUCAGGUGACUCUGGGGCCGGCUGCCGUGCAGUCUCGGGGGAGAAGCAUGUCUUCCGGCCCAGCUUCCCAGCCUCCAGCCCUUACGUGACAACCGUUGGGGGCACGGCCUUCCGGCAGCCCUUCCUGGUAGGCGCGGAGGUGGCAGACUACAUCAGCGGAGGGGGGUUCAGCAAUGUCUUCCCCAUGCCCGACUACCAGGUAACGGCCGUGAAGCGUUUCCUGAGCACGUCGCCUCGGCUGCCCCCCGCCAGCUAUUACAACAGCACAGGCAGAGCCUAUCCGGAUUUGGCGGCUCUCUCGGACAACUACUGGGUGGUGACCAACCACGUCCCCGUGCCCUGGGUCUCGGGCACCUCUGCCUCCACCCCUGUGGUGGGGGGCAUGAUUGCCCUGAUCAACAACUGGCGCUUGCAGCGAGGGCUGCCUGCCUUGGGCUUCCUCAACCCUGCCCUGUACCGGCUCCAGGAAGGAGGGAACAGCACUGCCCUCUACGACGUGACCCACGGAUGCCAUCUGUCCUGCCUGGAUGCUGCUGUGCAAGGCCAAGGCUUCUGUGCCGCCCCUGCUUGGGACCCCGUCACAGGCUGGGGGACCCCCAAUUUCCCUCAGCUGCUGCGUGGCCUCCUGGGCUAGCAUGACAUGGCCUGGGCCUUGCUGGUGGUCUGCUUUGCAGUCGGGGGGGGGAAUGGACGGGGUGUAUGUGUGGGGGGGGUUAGUGACUGGUAGGCUAUAGUGGCACAUGGGGGUGGUGGUUAUCCUUCUCCUGCCCUAAGGGGUUCCUCUUUUCCAAGUGGGAAUAGGAGGUGGUCGUUGGGGACUAAUCCCAAGAGAUCAAGGGCUGGUGACCAGCCACUGCCAGCCAUACAAUGUGGUCUUUGGGGCUCAUGGGGGCAAAGGAAGCGGGGCGUGGGUGUGUUAGUGCUGCGCAAAGGUUUUCAAAGUGCUUUGAAUUCCGAAUCCUAUUUUAGGUGUGAAAUGUGAUGUUGCCAGUAUGUGGGGCAUUGGGAGGUUUGCAACAGACCCCCAUCCUCUAUUGAGCACAAACGCCCCACCCACCAGCUUCCCAUUAGGCACUGCAGACAGUUGCUGGCCCACUUUGAAACCUUGGGACUGGGUCGGAACGCUUCACAUCACACAGCUAUAUUUGGGGCAAGAGAUUGUCCUGGCCCACCAGGAAGAAAUUGUCCCAAAUCCCAAGUCAGUUGGUGCUGUUGAAGCCGUCAGGUCCAAGCCCUAAUCAUGGCAGGAAUUCAGAUACAAGCCUUAUCAGACAUGGCUUGACCACAUCACCCCCACCUCUCCAAAAGCAAGGUCCACUGUCCAGUCAUCUGCCUUCCUGAAACUUAAAUCCAUGGUUUUGUCUUCCACACACGAGUAAAAGGCAUCCUGGAACUCUGAAGUGCCCUGGAAGAAGGCUAAGCGCUUUCCAUUGUCCAUAGGACAGGACCGCUCCUGCCAGCACUGACAGGGCGAGCUGCCAUAGCGUAUAAAAGGCCCCUCCCUCCCUCCCUCCCUUCCAGCACUGAUGAUGUUACGCAGUUUGAUCAUGAAAUGUCGACAAGGAAGCCAACAAGCUGAGAGACCACCAAGGCCCCCUCAUUCCCACUUUCUUUGUAGUCUGUCUUGGUUUCCAGGCCCCUGGUCGUCUUUCUCCUUCUCUUUAACCUGCUCCAAGUUCUCUGAAUCUUAAAAUGUGUUGCCCACAGCUGGGCAGAUCACAUAAAGGAGAAGAAACCAAAGUGCUUAUUUCUCAAAAUCUUAAGAAGCUGCACAUUGCAGAAACCGCUUGUGUUGAUUGGGCCUCAAAUUACAUUUGCCCUUUUUGACAUGACGGCCUCAGUUGACAUGACGGCCUCAGGUCCCAAAGGUAAAGGAAGGCGGGUGCUCGUCCCACCCAAUUUUGUAUCAUGUACAGAUCUGAAAAGUUUUCUCCAUUAAGAUGAUUAAUAAAAAUACUGAAAAAUAAA